UUUAGUGCUUUAGUGUUUACAUUCAAAGGUAGACUGUGGAGGAUUUUAUUUAAUUUAUAUUUUAAUUAUCUCACAUGCUCAUAAGUUUACCUCCAAUUUUGCUCCCCAAACACCUUAGUUUGCAGAUAUUUAAAUCAGAGAAGUCAUAUUUUGCUGUAGUAAACCCUUUUGAUGAGUUCAGGUUUUGGAUUGCAGUACAUAGAAUCCUGCCCACAGCCUUAGUUGUGAGUCGGUGGCACAAUGACGGUUGAUUUAAACAUGCCCAAGUCCUCAAACAAAGAACCAGAAUAAAACUUGUCAGAAUUCGACAAAGUAAGCAGCGAGUUAUGUAAAAUGUCCACACAAUGCCCACGCUGCUCAAUGACACUGCAAGCUUUUGAUAACCUUUAAUCACUGAGGUCUUUACAUUGUACUAACCUGUGUUCAGAGCCUGGCUGACAUCUACGGGAGUGUGUCUCUGCCUUUGUAGAUUUAAGGUGGUGACUGUUGCAAGAUGGUAAAGGAAGCCAUAGUGACUCAAGGCAACACCUUUGUAGAUUGACCAAGGCAUGCGAAGGGCUGUUAUAUAUAGAUAUAUAUCUAUAUCAUCAAUUGUUCGGUCACAUUUCAUCUCUCUCACUGCAGAAACAAACAGUUGCCCCACUUUCCAGAACGCAGGAAUACAAAAAAAGAGGAUAGAAAUUUAAAUUUCACAUUGCAUUUAUCAUUGUGUGACAGCUGAAGGAUUUGGGUUUUUAGCUGAUUUGUCCUAUUGGGUCACUCUGCACCACACAGAGGUCAUUGUCUCUCGAGUUGCUCGGAGUCAGCAGAGUGCCAGCCCAGUGAUGAUGGAAGAAUUGAACCUCGUCAGUCUCUGGCUCAUCUUCUGUGCCUCACUAUGUCGCUGUGUGGUUUCCUCCUGAGGUUUGGUCCGCCGGAAUUUCUGCUUUUGUUUUUUGCAUUUCUCCUUCUGGUGUGUUUUUGGGCCAAAAAGGAUCCACCCAAUUUCCCUCCAGGACCGCCAUCCCUCCCUUUUUUGGGAAACAUAUUCAAUAUUGAAUCUAAACAGCCUCAUAUUUACUUAACCAAGCUCGCUGAUGUUUAUGGGAAUGUGUUCUGCAUACGUCUGGGGAGACACAGAACCGUGUUUGUUUCUGGGUGGAAGAUGGUGAAAGAGGCCAUAGUCACACAGGCCGACCACUUUGUGGACCGGCCUUACAGUCCAAUGGUGACCAGAAUUUAUUCAGGGAACUCAGCAGGUCUUUUCUUCAGUAAUGGGAAGGUGUGGCGGCGACAGCGGCGUUUUGCCAUGUCCACGUUAAGAACCUUCGGCCUGGCCAACAGCUCCAUGGAGCAGAGCAUCUGUGAGGAGAGUCGCCAUCUGCAGGAGGCGCUGGAGAAGGAGAAAGGAGAGCCAUUUGACCCUGUGCCCCUGAUAAACAACGCUGUGGCCAACAUCAUCUGCCAGAUCGUGUUUGGGAGACGCUUCGACUACACCGACCACAACUUCCAGAGCAUGCUGAGGAAUCUGACCGACAUGGCCUAUCUGGAGGGCUCUAUAUGGGCCCUGCUAUACGACGCAUUCCCAGCAGUCAUGAAACAUGUGCCUGGUCCUCACAACGGCAUCUUCAGGAGCUCCAGGUCUUUGGAGGCAUCCAUCAGAGCAGAGAUAGAGCGGCAUAAGUUGGAUCUGGACCCCACAAACCCACGAGAUUACAUCGACCUCUUCCUCAUCGAGGAGAAACACAGCAAAAACCGGGACUUGGGUUUUGAUGAGGGCAACCUCGUUCUGUGUUGUCUGGAUCUGUUCCUGGCUGGGAGCGAGACCACUUCCAAGACCCUGCAGUGGGGCCUUGUCUACCUCAUCAAGAGCCCUCACAUUCAGGCCAAAGUGCAGGCAGAGAUAGACGGAGUGAUCGGACCGACCCGCCACCCCACGAUGGCUGACAGACCCAACCUGCCCUUCACCGACGCUGUAAUCCACGAGAUCCAGAGGGUGGGAAACGUUGUUCCUCUCAAUGGACUCAGAAUGGCCGCCAAGGACACCACGCUGGGUGGCUACUUCAUACCCAAGGGAACCUCGGUGAUGGCCAACCUCACCUCGGUGCUCUUUGACCCGGCUGAGUGGGAGAAGCCGGACUCCUUCCACCCGGCUCACUUCCUGGAUGCUGGAGGGAGGUUUGUGAGGAGGGAAGCGUUUUUACCUUUUUCUGCAGGAAAAAGGGCGUGUCUCGGUGAAGGACUCGCGAGGGCAGAGCUCUUCCUCUUCUUCGUCACUCUGCUGCAGAAAUAUCACUUCACCACUCUGGAGGGGGUCGAGCUGAGAGGAGACGGCGUCAUUGGAGCGACUCGCACGCCUCAUCCCUUUAAGGUCUACGCUGAAGCUCGCUGAAUCCUCGUAUCUACGAAUAUAGACGCAUAUCUACGUGAAUCGAUGAUACAUACUAGUUAUCGUUGGUGACUCUUCAGGAUCUCUGCUGCAGCGCGAUGAUUGUAUAUGAUACAUUCACACAUAAUGAUGUAAUAGCAUUUUAUUUAAAGUGAAGAAAGCUAAGCGGUCACAAUAACCUUUGACCUCUGAAACUGAAGAACAGGAGAAUGUCCAUAUUAUAAUUAAUAGGACUCAUUUGCAUACUGCUGCUUCAUUGUCACAUGCAAAAGCUUGAAUAAAUAAAGUCAUUUGUGUUGAUGUGAAA